AAGGUUUUCUUAUGAAAUGAGUACGGAUCGGUGUGAUUAGUUUUUACGGUAGUUUUAUUCGUACAGAAUAGAUAUAAGUUCCUGUCCUGUAAAUAAACAAGAAAUUAUAGAAGGACGUCUUCGUAAGGGCAAUAAGUCAUAAUUGCAAUGGCAGCUUCAUUAUCAAUUUUAAAAGGAGUACGGCGACUUAAUGUUUUACAGUCAGCAAGUGUUAUACGUAAUUUUUCUGUUACCUCUAAAUUAUGUAUCAGACCUGAUGCAGGGAAUAAACCUGAUGCUUCACCAGAAGAAGUUCGUUUGGUUGAAGAGAGAAAGAAAUUGCGUCGAGCAUUGAGGCAAGAAUACUUGAGGAAGCUAACUGAUCCCUAUGGUACUGAUCCCAUUGUGUUUGAUCCUGCUGUGCAAAGGUAUUAUUCAAUGCAUAUGACUAUGACAGAAAGAUUCAUCCCUACAUUUAAGAAUUGGCUGAAGUACAUGUUUUCUAUUAUUGUGCCAAUUGUAGCCUAUGGUUUAUUCCUUAAAAAUUCAAAAGCCAAGUUUGAAAGAAAGUGCAGGACGGGAGAACUUGAGUACAAAGAUCGCAUCUGGCGCCAUCAGUAAUUAGCCUGAUUAUUUCAAAAUGUAUGCAAUUUGUUAUCUAGAUUUUUUCUUUAGAAUAAAAUAUUUCCUCUCUA